UUUUGUGUAGUUUUUUUUAAUUUAUCUUUUGGAUACGGUUGUUUGCGGAUGUUUGUGUAUUCGGUCAGCUGGCAUAGCAGAAAAAAACUUCAAGAUAUUAAACGAAAGCGCGUCUCGUGAGUAAGUGUGUGACAUCGAUGCAUCGACAAAUGUAAUACGUAAAAAGUAGACUAAUAACAACCAAUAAAAAUAAGUUUUAUUGAAGCACAAUACUUCCUUGAAAAGUGUUUAUUUUAUACAAAUAGAAAUCGUGAAAAUAGAAUACCUAUAGAAAGAAGUUUAUGAGAAAUGUGUUCUUUGACCUAAGGAUAAAAUAAAAAAGUUUUCUUGUAAAUUCAAACAUUUAUACCAAAAAUUAAAGAAAAUAUAAAAAGUUAAAAUUAUGGCUGCUGAGGGGAUACGUCAAUGCUUACUGCUUUGGAGUGUUGACUAUUGGAAUUUAGAAGUCAUGGCUGAUGGGGUUUUCAAAUCACGAGACAUUGGCUUGCGUGCCCAAAAAAAGAUUCUUUCCCGCAUGGCUACAAAGAAUAUUGCGAAGACAUUUAUUGAUGGUACAACAGCAUCACUAUUGGACAAUUUAUAUCGCCUUUGCAAACUUCAUAGUGGAAACAAGGUUAAAGCGGAGAAAAUUAUUAAAAAUAUAAUUAAAAUUGUUAUAAAAAUUGGAGUUUUACAUCGCAACAAUCAAUUUAAUGCCGAAGAACUAACCCAAGCUGAAACAUUUAAGCGAAAAUUUCAGAAUACUCAACUAUCAGUUAUAUCUUUCUAUGAAGUUGAUUACAGUUUUGACCUGCCAUAUUUACAAAAAUCAAUAGCUGAAUCACAUACAGCUUUAAAGUCCAUUGUACAGAGACAUUUAACCGAAAAGUCUUUAAAUCGCAUCGAUGAAGUAUUUGAAUUUUUCAGCGAUCCAACACUUUUGGAAACAGCAUUUAAACCAAAUUCACCAUAUCGAGAAGUGAUGGGCAAAAUUGUAGCCGAUAUUAAUACUGCCAUGGAUACAGGGGAUAUUUGAAUAAUGAUGAAUCAAAAUACCAAAGAAUUAUCUAAAUCAAAUUACAUAUUUAUUUAUACAACAAUUUACUCUACAAACGAACAUAUCACCAAAACUGAUGUGUAGAGUUAGGGUUUAAAUUUAAUUUAAACUACAAUACCAAAAACCACUUAAAAAUUAUGACUACACUUUUAAUAUGAGUAGCUUGUUAAACAAUAAAUAUAUUUAUGUAGUUAAUUAUUUUUUAUUAUUUACUAAAUCACUAACACAAUAAUAAAUAUACCUACGUAUAUUUAUUUUUACACGCCAAUAGAAAAUGAACAUGACUUUUAUACAUAUGUAUGUAUGUACAUAUGUAUAUUUCGAGACAUAAUUAAUACGACUUUUAUAAGAAUUGCGGAAUAGAUUUGUUAUUUAAAAAUCGAACAAUUUUUCAUAAUUCAGUAAUCAGCAUUCCUAAACAGUAUUCCAAAUUUUUAAUUACACAUGCAUUUAUGUACACUGGAAUGGUAGCGAUUUUAAAUACAUAUUAGAGACGAUGAAAAAUUUAACAAAUUCUUUAUGUCUUUUUCUAUAAAAUGACUGUCACUCUAAUGUACAUAUAUGUAUUCAUGUAAGUUAAUUUAAAGUAUAUUCAAAAUAUAACACUAAGUCAUAUCAUCAGAUUGUAGUCACAAUUUAUUACAAUAUUUUAGCUUUGGAAUUUAAAUACAUAUACAUACAUACAUACAUACAUAAGGGCCCCCAUAUGAAACUCAUAUCAUUCCGGUUUAAGAAAUACGAAAAACAAUAAGAAGAGAAUUCACAGUAUCUUAUAAUCAAUUAAAUUUUUAUUUUUGUUGAUGAACUUAAUGCCUUAUAAUUCCUCCCAAAACUGUUCCUUUAAAAACUAAUCAAAGGUGCACAGAUCGAAUUUUUUUUAUUUUAAUUUUUAUGCACAUUAAAAUAUGUAUGUGUGUGUAUUUAACAUGACAUAGCAAUAAUCGCAAUUUGUUUUAUUAUCAUUCGAGCAAAAACUUGUGUAAAAUUGCAAAGGUACUUAAAAAAACUUUAUUAAGAAAUAAUGACUUUUAUAUUUAUUUCAAUUAAAGUAUAAAAAUUGUAUUUAUUUUAUUCGAUACUUUAAAUUUAUUUAGUUUGUUAGAUGUUAUAUAUAUUUUGAAAUAUUGUAUGUGGUAAUUAUUUUUUUAAAAAGUGACGUCCUUAAUAUGUACAAUAAUAUUAUAAAAUUUUUGUAUACAAAAGCAAAUAUAAAAAUUAGGUAGAUAUACAUAACAUAUUUUUUUUAACGGUCUCAAAUACUUUUAUAUAUUAGUAUAUAUUUAUAUCGUUGCCUUAAUGUUAAAUAUUGUUUUAAACAUUUACGAUAUUUUUGAUAAAAAAUGAUCAAAAAAAUAUAUUUACAUAUAUACAUAUUUAUGUAUGUACUACACACAUAUGUACAUAUGUAAGUAUGUAUGUAUUUCAAUUUAGAAAAGGCUAUAGGGAGAAUCUAUCAAAGCGUUAGAUACAGUUGUUUAUACUAUUCUUAAAAAGUUACAAAAUCUUAAAAUUUUCACAAAAGUAUUCAUAUUUCAAUAUAAAACUUUAAACAAGAAAUGCUGGUAAAUAUCUUUUAAAUUUGAAAUUAGAUGGAUUCUCCUCAUAUUAAGGUGGCGAUAACUUUUUAUAUGUAUCUAUAUAUAAAUAUCGUAAGAGUUUAAUAAACACCCUUAAAAACAAAUUUGUAUUGGAUGGAUCUGAAUGUGAAAAAAACAAAAAAAGCUAGUAUUGCUAGCUAGUGCUAACAUUUCCGGCAACAAAAUGAAAUCCCUCCAAAACAAAUUUAAAUGGGCAGAUUUAAGGUACAUACGUUUGUUAGUCUUAAGUAUAUGAAUGUAUUAAAUGGUGCAUAUACAUAUGUACAUAUGUAUGCAUAAACUCGAUUAAUGAUAUUAAAUGGAAUCAUAAAAAUAUUACUUAUAAACUCUAAAA